AUGCCAAUGUUACUAAAAUCCCGCCCAAAGCGCUCCACCAAAGCCUCCUUAUGCGCUAUUCUCGUGAGAGUAUUCCAGGUCAUAGAAUUGCGAUCAUCCUCCUUGAGCCAACACAUGGCCUUCAACAUCCUCAUUUCCCCGUGGUUCUGUCGAUAUGUUUCGCAGUCAUCUAGCGCCUGUUUGAAAUCAUCAACCCAUGCCUCUCUUAUCGUGACGACUGCCUUUCCGUACAUCGUUCCAGGAUUAGUUGAGCUGCUUCAAAAGAAGGCGAUGGGCUUGGAGUCUGACGAGCACUCGCCCCCGCUGCAUUCACGGUUUCGGGGUGACUCAAAGCCCCUGCUGCUGAUCGACUGA